AUGGGCCGACCCUGGAUGUCCGGCGAUCCCACCGAUGACAAAGAGCGCGCCAAGCGCCUGGAGCUGUUGGCCGACCGGGCGCGGCGUUUCCGCGAGGAGCUUGGUCGACGCCUGGAGGGUGCUCAAAGGGAGGUCGCCGAGAUCGCGGAAGCGCCCCUCGGCGGCCUCGGGGUGGCCGCUGCGACUGUGGAGCUGAUCGAGGCCUCUGAUCCGCUGCUUGCUGGGGAAAAGCGAUUUCCCCACCAGCGGGAGCAUGCGGAGGCCCAGCACCAUCCGACCGCAUCUGAGACCAAACUCGACCCAGAAGCAGAGGCCACAGCUAGGCGUGGCCCAGUACGCGGCUCGAGCUGCAAUCCUGGUUCCAGUGCUUCCCCUGGAUGCUCUGGCUCGGUGCAGAUCUGCAUCGACUCCGCUCAGCUGGCAGCGGAAUUUGCGGAGAUGGUUCGAACGCGGCAGCACCUAGCGCUCAAAGUUCUCCUGUCGGAGGAAACCUUUCUAGUGCCAUGCUGCGCAGCGAGGGAUGGAGUUCUGGUGUUCAGCCAUAUGUCCUGGCAUCCGCUGCGAUCCCUGCGGUCAGCAAGACUGCAACUGCUAGCGGCUCAUAGCUCCGACUGUGUACAGACCAUGAAGGAGCCCUUUGCCUCACAUCUCGUAGUUCUGGCCACAGCUGAGCUGCCACAGCAGGUCCUGCAAUCCUUGGCGCACGCGCGCCUGGAGCUGCCCUUGCAGGCUUCUUCGGGGCCACAUGAAAGCCCUCGUUUUGUUGGAAGCAUCUCGGUGUCGCUGGCUUUGAGCUCGGAGGAAGUUAGGGCGCCGCCGAUGGACGGUGCUUUGGAGCCCAGUGGGGUUCACCUCAAGGUUUGGCUCGAAGAUCUGUGUUUGCGGCUGGCUUCUCUAAACGGCGUCUUUGUCGUCUUGAAGCUGGGGCCGGAGCAGGAAAUGGUCGUACAUGUGUCCCAGAACGACCAGAGAGCAGAAGGAGGGGACCUGGUAGGCCGCCUUGGCUUCAUGGCCGUAGCGGAGCACACAGCUUGGAGCUUCGACCUCGCUCGGAAGAUCCUCAUGGCAGGCCCAAAUCCAGAGAAGCUAUUCUUCCAAGUCUGGAGUGGGCAAGAGCUUCUGGGUCUUGCAGGCCUGGAAGUACCUCCUCUUGAUGAGGAUGCAAUGAAUGAGCUUGCGGAGCGCGGGCGUCCCUGUGUAGAGCUGCUGGCCGUGGAACUGCCGGUGCAAGCGACCUCCAACGGUGAGACGAUUGGAAGCCUUCGCACGAAGAUCUUGGCAGAGUUCACGUCGCAGAGGCGGGUGCAUUCUACAGUGGCUGCAGUGGCAAAGGAAGCGGAGAUACCGGAAGAGCAUCGGCAGGCUCCUGGCGAGCUUGCUGCUCAAGGCUGCAUUGAACUGUCGGCGCCACUGUCGGACAGAGAGGUUGCGACUUGGUUCAGGCACUUCUUUGCGCAUCACCUCGCGGAAUCUUUGCAUAUCUCCCCUGACCGGAUACGCGUCAUCAGAUUAGACGGCAGAACCUUGGUCUUCGAGAUCGCUCCCGGGCCAAGACAUGAAGCUCCUGCAAAGGAUGCCCUAGCCGAACUCGGGAGGCAGCUUGCCGUUCGAGAGGGGCCGGUCUGGCACACUGACCUGGCCAAGCUGCUGGCGGAGCCGAUGGAUGCGGAAGGCCCUCGAAGUGAACGGCCUCCGACGGAUUCCGGCGAAAGAGAAAGAGGUUUCAGCCAAAGGGGCACCGGCCCGGGCUGGGGUCCGAGAGCUGCUGCUGUGAGGGCAGAGCGGACGGAGCUGAUGGGAAACCUCCAGCAGAGGCUCUUCGAAGUGGUACAUGCGUCCGGUGUCGAAGUGAGCAAAGCAUUCACCGUUCUUGACACAAAUCGAGAUGGCCUUGUGGAGAUAACUGACAUGGUAGCUCUCCUGAGCCAUCUUGGACUUCCUUUGCCAGAGGAUCUCCUCCACUUGGCAGGGCAUCUCUCCAAAGACGAGGGGUGCCAGGUGGACCUGUUGGAGUUCUGCAGGCACUUCGCGGUCUGGCAGUCCGCGCGUCCUCCCCCUGCCCUCGCUCCAGCUCCAGCCCCUCCGCCCUCAGCUUGGGAAGCACUGCUUUUACCACAGGGUGCGCGAGCAGAAAGGUGUCUCUUGCUGCCGACCUACUUCCUCUAUGCACUGUUGGAUCCAGAAGCCACUGGACGUGUUUCACCUGAGACCUGGCUCUGCGUUGCGCAGAGAUGUCUGGGUUUUGGUGCCGACGCAGCGGCUGCCACGUACGGCUUCUGUGACCAACAUGGAAUAGGUGCAUUGACCUACCGAGACUUUCGCCGCUACGUGCACCGUGUGGAUGAGUUGCGUGCACAGCGCCUUCCGCCAGAGGCCUGCCUGCCGAUCUAUGUUUUUCGACAGGACGUUCGGGCAACCCUCGAGCUGGCAGACACGACCGUGACUGGUCCCACAGAGCCGGUAAACCGGCUUGCGGCCGUGGCGGCCUCUCUUCAGCGGCGAGGACGAGAGCUGGACCACGAGGUGAAUGUUUCCGGGCUUGAGGAGCUCUUGUCGGACCUACGACUAUCCCCGCAGCUGGCAGCACACAUGCUGGAGUGGCAGGAGUCUAUUGCGGCGGCAGUGUGGGCAUCUAGAGGCAAGAGUGCCCAGCCGUCGUUGACCUACCGCGGGUUUCUAUCUCUGUUGCGGCGUGCGCAUGCUCUUGUCCAGAGCCAUCUUGACGGCCUUCUGCGUGCCUGUCUCGUGGCCGGUGCGGACUUGCAAGUGGUGCUGAGCUUCGCGCUGGUGCGGCCCAACCAGGCCCUGUCAGCGGAAGAGCUCGCUGGUUCUCUGGCUGCGGCCGGAGUGGAUCUCGCCUCUGUGGAUCCUCAGGAUGUACUCCUGGCGCUGGACCCCCACUGCUGCAAGCAGAUCUACGCUCCAGACCUGAUCCAAUCAUUCGAGACAUUCCGUGCAAAAUUCGGAAGCAUGUUGAGCUCUAUAGCUGGACAGCUUGGCCGGCGUGGCUUGUCACCUGAUCAGCUCUUCCCUGCUGCAGUGCUCAGUCAGCGAGGUGGAUGA